UGGGUGUCCUCGCUUCACUUCCGUAUUUUCUUCAGCGCUUGUUUCUGAAUCCUAUCAAGUCGACGACAACGACGACCACGACCACGAACGACUACUGUGACGACGACCAACUUGUUUUAAUCACUAAUUACAUUAGACUCGGAAGCCUUUUUAUCAUGGACCCGAGUAGUAGCGGUGACCACCAAGCAAUUGGCCCACAAGUCCGCUCUCGUGUUACCGUCGUCUGCGCUGAGUGUAAGCGUCUUAAACUGAAAUGUGAUCGUCGAGCCCCUUGUGGUUCCUGUACGAAGCGCGAUACUGUCGCCAGAUGUAUAUACUCGCCGGCUGCAGCUGAGAAAGUUGACCUGCACUCCCUUAACAACAGACUCAUUGCUGUUGAGUCCCAACUCGCUCAAAUAUCUGCUCCAGGUGCCCGUUUUCCUUCUUCAUCAUCCUCAACAGCGCUCCAAUUACCCCUCCACACCAUUAAUUCAUACUACCCGCACGAAGUCGUCACAUCCACCCUGGACGAUAUUUCUGCUAUCUGGAUGGACGAAAUCGACAUCCCACAGCCGCUAGCAGUACGAUCAUCCAGUUCCGACGCCCAGGAGGGAUAUAUUAAAUCUGAGCCUGCAUGUCAUUCCUCCCUCCUCUUACCCUCUUCAAAUUCCGCAUCAUCCCUUCCUCUCUCCCUCCUCCUACCCCCAAUAUCCUGCUACUACACCCCACACCCUUCCUCGUCAUCCCCACCCCUCUUUACAAAAUCCCUUUUAUCUCAUCUUCCAUUUGCUCCACGUCGACGUACCCGCCUAUAUGAGCACGCAGAAGAAGCCCUCAGGAUGAUUCCUGGCCCAUGUUUCAGCUGGCGCGUCUGGAGAGAGCGCGCGGAGGGCAUAUGGAGGUGGGUCGAGACAGAGAGCACGUCAUGUUCAAACGACUGCUCAGACGAACAAUCCCGUCCAAAUACGUCAUCAACGACAGCCACAACCGUAACCGCUUCCUCUCGCACAUCCUCAGAAACGAAUAAAGCGGACACAGCCCGUACCAUAUUUUUUGGUUCACCGCCUGCUCCUCCACCUGCGUCAUCACCUGCGCAAACGUCAGGUAGGGCCGUCACCCCGUCUCUUCCCUUCUUCGCUUCUGUCGCGGGCGCGUUUGCAUUGGCUUUAUUGGUCGAAGAGAGCGCCGCUAGCGCUAGCGCUGCCCUCCACGCAUCCAGUCCCAGUCAUACCGCAGCUCCUGCUGAACCGAUAGGGGCUGAAAGGACUACACAUAGCGAACGGGCAUGUGCCUUGCUAGGACCCAGAAAGUCUAAGAAAGAUCAAUCCCCGAAAGAAAACCUCACGUCUCCUGUGCUUCUCCAUGCAUUAUCGCGACAAGCGCUCGGAGUGUGGGAGGGUGCUGUGGUGCCUUGUUGUUCGGCUCCAACUUCGAAUAACACACCUGCAAGCGAGUACGACUUGGAUUACAUAUCCGCGAUCGUACUUGGCGUGCUGUUCGUAGUCCUUUGCGAUAAGGAGAGACACGCUAACGGAAGCGCGAAGGAGGGAUGGAUUGUAGGAGAGAUUGGAAAACUGGUCAACAUCGCACGUACGAUGGGGCUCGACGUCGACCCUGAUCUCACGCCAGGGAGGUAUGGUCUGUAUGAGAGCGAGGCUCGCCGAAGGGCAUGGUGGGAUGUUUGGUGGUGGGAUGUAUACACGUCCACCCUCUCUUCGCGUACUCCGCUUAUCCCUCUGCACGCAUUCAGCACGCGCCUCCCGCUGGACGUUAAUGAGGAGGUGUUCACGUUCGCGUGUACGUCUGCGCCUCUUCUAAGCCCGACGGGCAAAGAGGGUGUGGGACGGUGGUUUGGGAUGAGAGUACGGUGAGCGAUUUCUGCUUGCCCAUUUACCUCCGCUCAUUGCUGAUUUUUAUCCCCUCUCUCUGCAGCCUCGCACAGCUCGUAAAGGACAUCAACUCCCGCACCUCGCUAC